AUGGCUGCCGUGGGAGGUCGUUGCUCUAACAACUGGGGCGCGGACUGUAUCUGUCUGGACCAAGACGUCUGCAGCGGUCAAUAUGGUGGUCAGCCAUACACAGGCAGCCCUGGAAAUUACCCUUGCCCCUCUGACCCAGCCAAUGUCAUGGCCUGUGUGAUCAACCCCUGCCCAAACGUUGGUGGCGACACGGGCUGUCGCUGGAAUGAUCCUGGUGUAUGCGGGAGUGUUCUCUCUGGUAAAUGA